CCCGCAGUAGCUGCCCGAGCGCAGGAAGAGGGGCGGCCGGCUUGGCGGUCUGAAAAGAAGCCUCUCGUGCGUGGUCCUGCGGGCUCCAGGUUCCCAGGCCGAGGAAGGGGUAGAGUGAACCCUUGAUUUAUCAGCUUUGGCUGCAGUGGACAACAUUUCCAUCUGCGCCUCCCCUCCCCCCUCCCCUCCCCUCCCCAGCUGAUGGGCAAGUCAUCAUGCACGUGACGCCCCUGCGAACAACAGGCACUCCCUUACCCCAGCUAGACCUUAAACUGAGGCUCUACUGUACUCGGAACCAGCUGAAACCAAGCCGGACCAAACCACGGCUCGGUGUUUUGUGCCUGUGGCUUACGUACAUCCUCUUCUCAGCACCCUAUUCGACCCCCAGCACCCUUUUAGACCUCGAAGUUAAGGCAUCCAUCAGCGGUCUCCGUGGAGGAUGUGAGGGUAAAGAAAUCACAAGGGUGGCUAUGGCCAUGUGAUCAAAGCCCUGUCACUUUUUUACAUGCAUCAUGUGUAUGUUGCAUGUACAAAGGAUCCCACGGCCACCAUUGUGGCCACCAUUGUGACUUUUGACUCCCUCCACAGCCAUGUCUGGCACCUAUUUUUCCUUUUUAACCCCAAACUUUCUGCAAGGCUUUAAUGGGCAAAACGGUAAGUCCAAGGCAUCAGGCACCCUAUUGCACUUUAAAACUCCCUGAAGCCACCGCAAAGGGCUGAAAGGAUUAGUCCAGUUGCAUGAUGCCAUCUCUGCCCCCCCCCCCCCCCGCUAUGCCCUCUUUGGAAAGACAGAGCUAGAGAGUUGCACACUUGCAGGUUCCUGCAACAUGGGGAUCAGCCCUCUCCCCCCACCCCAAGAUAGCCCUAGUCUUGCUCUAAAACUGGCAGAGGUUUUGAUCCUUCCCUUUAAAAAAGCAUUUGCUCCAGCUUUCGGCCCAAGAUGCCUCUUUAUUGCUGCUCUAAAGAAGAAGAGGUCUGCUCCUUCUAGUGGCAGGGAGUGGAUCACUCUGGUCUGAGAAUUGGGAUUCCUCCAAAGUCCAGAGAGUUGAGGGGCGCCUUUUACUGGCUCUUGCCCACCCCGUGGCCUGCCUGAGGCUUCAGAGCAGCAGCGGCUUCAUUGUGACACCACCAUGCCGGUGGUCUGUAUUCUCACCAGAACCCUGAGGAGGGUUCAUGGCGUUCCGUCCCUUCCCAUCACCUGCAGGUCUGGGACCGGCUCAGGCUGGCUGUCCACCAGCACCGUGCUCAGAGUUGGUGCCCACUGAGUGAACAACUAAUCAUCUUGGCAAUGGUGGGCCAUCAGAUGCCGGGGAAGGCAGGGAUGGGCAUGUUUUCAGGUUCCCAGUGUUGCUUUAGGUGUUGGGGGUCUCCCUCUUCCUGCACCUCAGAUUAGCUCAGCUAGUUCCUCUGAAGAAUAACUGUGAAGAAGUUACUUUCUCCCCAUUCUAGGAGAUGGCAAACUAAGGAUGUGAUCAGUAUUGUCCAACUAAACAUUUUUUUCCUGACCUCCCUAGUUUUGUUCUUCCAACCUCAAGGUGGAUGGAAGCAGGCUGAGAUGAGUCGGCUUGGACCAAUCUUGCUAACCCAGCUCUCCUGGCGAGAGAGGUCAGCUCUGCUCUGUGUGCUAGAAAACUCAGCCUCGGCAGCAAACAGGGAUAUGUUGAACUGGAGUCAAGGGGUUGGUUUGCAUCUUGGAGGCAGACUUUCUGCUCUCCACUUAGAACCUCAGAUGUCUCAGAAAAGGUAUGCCAUCUCAGGUGCUCGGACCUGGCUGAUGGGUUAUAACUGCCUUAGGAAAUUCUCCUAUGCAAGCCAUGGUAAACUCGAGUAGUGGAAAAGGUCUCUUACAAAAGAAGGUCUACUCUUUCACCAUCUUUAGGACAAUUCCCCGGUUGCUUUUCAUUUAUUGGUUUAUGGUCCUCGUUAGAUGUCCCACCUUUGGCACCAGGGUUGCCCUCUGCAUUUCUCCAGUCCGUUUCUGGGGCUUUGCACACGCAAGAAUCGGAGAUGGUGAAUAUUCCUAGGAAGCAGUCUAACUCAUUCUAAAACCAUCCCAGAAGCAACCACCAAGGGGGUUCUGUUGAACCAAACUUUCCCACUGCUCUUUGGCCCAGGUUCUCUGAAGGAUGGAGUCCAGCUCCCUAAGGAGUAAAGUCCCGGCUUUCUUAUCGGACCUGGGGAAAGCAACCUUGAGAGGCAUUCGGAAAUGCCCCCGAUGUGGCACCUACAAUGGCACCCGUGGGCUGAGCUGCAAAAACAAGACCUGUGGCACUGUCUUCCGAUACGGUUCACGGAAGCAGGCGGGUGUCGACGCAGUCAAAAUCAUCACCGGCUCAGACCUCCAGGUCUACUCUGUGCGGCAGAGGGACAGAGGGCCCGAGUAUCGGUGCUUUGUGGAGCUGGGCGUCUCGGAGACCACCAUCCAGACAGUUGACGGAACCAUCAUCACGCAGCUCAGCUCUGGGCGCUGCUACCUCCCAGCGUGCUUGAAGGCCACUACGCAAGGGGUAGUCGAAAACCAGUGCCAGCACAUGAAGCUGGCUGUGAGCUGCCAGACAGAGGCCACCCCUUUGACCCUGAAAAGCUCUGUCUUGAACUCCAUGCAGGCCUCGCCCCAAACCAAGCAAACCCUCUGGGAGCUGGCCACUGAGCCCACGGGGCCCCUGGUCCAGAGGAUUACCAAGAAUGUCCUGGUGGUGAAGUGCAAGGCCAGCCCAAAGCAUAGCUUGGGGUAUCUCCAUAUCACCUUUGCUCACAGGGCUGGCCACAAGCACCCGCUGGGGCACCGCUUUUUCUGCCCCUGCCAGUCCUUGAAGUCCAGCAAGGCUACCUCAGCCACAGAAGAAGGGAGCCAGAAAUGCAUCCACUUCUUCGCCUGCCUCUGUGCCUUUGCCAGCGAUGAGGCCUUGGCCCAGGAGUUUGCCGAUUUCCUCAGCGACGAUGCCAGUGCUGCAGGUCUGAAAUCAACGGCAGGAGCUCCGCUCGCUUGCCAGCCAGAAUCCACUCUGCCCUCGGGAGACUCUGUUGCCUCCAAGGUGAAGCGGAAGAAGAAGGAUGAAGGGUUGGGCACGCAAGCAAGUAGCCCCCUCUUGUCUCAAGAUGUGGCAAAUCACCCUUUGCAGAAAAGCGGAGUGAAAAAGGCAUCUGUUGCGUCACUGAAACGGCAAACUGGCGGUCAGGUGCUUGAUGAGUCCCAGGUGGCCCUGUCCUUCCAGGAAUGGCUGGCCAGCGUCACGGAGCGGAUCCACCAAGCCAUGCAUUACCAGUUUGACGGCAAGCCCGAGCCCCUCGUCUUUCACAUCCCGCAGGCCUUCUUCGAGGCUCUCCAGCAGAGGAUCUGCAUUGGGAGCGUCAAGAUGCGACUUCCCAAUUCAACGACAGCUUUUGUCCGCAAAGAUGCCUUACCGCUGGGUACCUUUUCUAAAUAUACGUGGCACAUUACCAACAUCUUGCAGGUCAAGCAGAUCUUUGAUACCGUUGAGAUGCCUCUGGAAAUAACACGCAGCUUUAUCCAGAACCGGGACGGUACCUACGAGCCCUUCAAGUGUCCCAAAGUUGAGGUGGAGAGCAUCGCGGAGACCUACGGACGCCUGGAGAAGCAGCCCAUUCUUCGGCCCCUGGAGCUGAAAACUUUCUUGAAAGUUGGUAACACAUCCCCCGACCAAAAGGAGCCAACGCCUUUCGUCAUUGAGUGGAUCCCAGACAUCCUCCCCCAGUCCAAAAUCGGUGAACUGAGGAUCAAGUUUGAGUAUGGCCACUACAGGAACGGCCACCCCGCUGAAUACCAGGAGCAGCGCCCCUCCCUGGAACAAGCCCUGGAGCUCAUGCCGCUCACCACCAUCACCUUCCCUUGACUCCGGGCUGUUGCUUGGCACGGCUCAGCUUGCCCAAGCCCGUGUCAGAGCUGGCCGAUCUCUUCCGCUCCCUACAAGCCACUGGCCAGAAGAGCUGCAGUUCAGCGUGACUUUGCUAUAAACGACCACUUUCUGUUCUCGAGCCCUGGUCGGAGCUUGCUUCUCGCUCAGGCCUGCCUUGUAAACAGCAUCUCCCAGCCUUGCCAGCUAGUUGAAUUCACCCCCCCACCCCACCCCACCCCAGUUUCCCACCCUGGCUGAGGACCCCAGCACAUCUGGCCAGCACCAGGCGGGGGAAACCAUCAUCUUCUGCCGCAACGUAUGAACCUCCUUUCUACCUGAGACUGCUGGGUUCCAGCCACCCAUUCCAGCGGCUAGAUUGCCAGAUGCUGCGAUCCCUUUACUGGCAUAUUUUACAGUAUAUUUUUAAAAUAAAUUAAAUUAAA